UAGGCAUUCCUUCACUGUCAGUUAGUGUGCGGGUGACAGACAACAGCGGUGAGCCUCCAAAUCUAAGCUCCAAGUGUAAACUAUGGAAGAGAUUAACAACAUUGAAGUGGUUCCGUGCACAGAGUCUGACUAUCUAAAGCCGUUCAGGGUGCACUAUAGCCAGAAUGGCACAAAGAAAUCGUGGGACUUCAUGCGGACCCAUGACAGUGUAUCUGUGCUGAUCUUCAACACCACCUCACACUGUUUUGUCCUCGUCAAACAGUUCCGUCCAGCUGUAUACAUGUGUGAAUGGGAAAAGGCCAAGACGCAGCCACCAAAGUCUGCUGAAAAAACCGUGGAGGGCGCUGCAGAAGCUGCGACGGAGUCUCAGCAGGGCCAGUCAGCCUCAGAAGGGGAGAGCUCUUCUCAGUGGCUGCCUGCCUCUGCGGGGGUCACCUAUGAGCUCUGCGCUGGCCUGGUGGACAAACCUGACCUCUCUCUGGAGGAGAUCGCCCGCCAGGAGGUGCUGGAAGAGUGUGGCUACGAUGUGCCAGCUUCCAAGCUGAAGAAGAUUACUUCUUACAGGUCGGGUGUAGGUGUAACUGGUGCCAAGCAGACCAUGUUUUAUGCUGAGGUGUCUGAUGACAACUGCGUCAGCCCAGGUGGAGGUGAGCCAAAGGAGGGAGAGCUUAUCGAGGUGGUCAAAGUCCCGCUGCACGAGGCCAUGACGUUUGCCUACGACGAGCGUAUACCCAAAACCAUGGGCGUCAUUUUUAGUUUCAUCUGGUUCCAUAAUAACAUGUCUCCUAAGUACAAGAUCUCCACCAAUGUGUAACUAUUAUUAAAAUAAGCCCUCUUUCUACAAUUUAUUCCAGAUUAAAUCAAACACUGGCCCAGCACACUCACUCCUCCCCUUAAGGCUCUUCAUCCUGUAUUGCCUUUUUGCUUAUUGGUACAUGAUGAAGGGUGGGCCCCUUGUCUUGUUGCCAGCUGGUAUCUUUGAGGUUUGUCCUAUUAGCUUUUUUAAAAAGACAAGUGUUUUACGUGGUCCUAGUGUUUUUCCUAAAUACAAAUUUGCCAUAGCUGGUUGUCACUGGCACUUUUUCUCUUCUUUUUAUAUGUAAAUCAUUCAUUUACUGUGCCAUUUGUUAUCAGUGGCUGCAUAUCACAGAUUUCAUUUGCCUGCCCUUAAUUAAAGGAAUGCUCCACUGUUUUUUUAAUUUUGUUUUAAUGUAGAUAUUGAAUAAUAUCUACAUGUUAGUGUUUUUAAAACCAAAAUUUGGUCGAGAAAAAGGCCUUUAAUGUUCUUUAAACUUGUUUCCUCCAUUGCUAGUUGCUUUAGUAUAGAUAUUUAAAGCUCUAGUAUAUAUGAUUUCAUAAUACUGUAACAAUAUUGUAUUUUCUAUUAUUAUGUGGAAAUGCCUCAAAACCAGAAUGGAGGCCACUGAAAACCACUGUUUGACUUAAUUAAACCCAGUUUCAAAAUUAUUUGUGGUCAAUGCACUGUAUUUCCAUUUUCACACAUUUUCGCACAUGAUGAGAAGGCUUGCAAGUGAAAACAUUCCUCUUUCUCACCUCUGCUACAUUAAACGCGGCUGUCAGUAUUCAUGAUUAACCUCUAAUGUGCCGCUGGUUACCUUCAGUUUGUCAGCAUUUCCACUGAAAUCUUGAAAGCAUUUUUGCUUUCCUGAAAAAGUCUGAUGACUGUGACAAUGCAAAGCACAUAUACAGUAGCUACUUUUUGCACUGUUUAUAAUGUAAAGAUAGAUAGAUAGAUGAGGUUACAAAAAACAGUGGAGUAUUCCUUUAAUCCAUGAUCCAGUAAUGCAAAAACUAUACUAGUCAAUCAUGGGGCCUUGUAAUGAUUGGGGUAUUCAGGGAUGCCCCAUUUAAGUUCUGAAUCAUAGCCUUCAAGCAAUACUUACCUAAGUACUCCAGGCUGAACAAUCACGUAGUAUCGUUGAAAUCAGCCCUUAUCCUUUUCAUCAAAUUCUUCGCGAAGUCAAACCAGUUAACAUUAGCAAACACUUACCUCUGCGCAGAGGGCCUCAUUUUAAUUAACUCAAUUGCGCUGAAGCACGAUCCUGAUUAAAAGCAGCCUAUUUGUAGUUGGAAACACUUAAAUCCACUUCUGGUGACAUCUUCACACUGACAUGUUACAGGCUUUUUCAAGCCUGUAGCACAUCAGUGGAGUCUCAGACAAACAACAGUUUGUUUCGUUUUUUAUUUUGUUUGUUUUUUAGAGUUUUGGAGGAACUCAAAUGUAUACUGUUGGGGAAAUGCUGUCUUAAGGCAGUAGCCUCUAUUUUUCUGAUUUUUGAAAUUGUUUAUUUUUUGCACACAACACACAAUUAAUUAGAGAAAUGUUCAGAAAAUGUAACCCAUAUGAAAGUCUGAUUUUUAUAAUAAUUCAUUUGCAAAACUCACAUGCUGAAAACCAUUAAUGCACAAACCUGCUCUGUCUCUUAUUGUAUGCUUCUGUACACUACAUGCAAUUCACAAUGGGUACCUGCUGUAAACAUAACAUUUAUUAAAAGUUGAUUGGAGAAUG